UGGAGGCUAAGGCAGGAGGAUCGCCGCCAGUUCAAGAACAUCACAGGCUACGUAGUAGGACUUAGCCUUAGAGAGAAAGGAGGAGAGAGAAGACAUUGAUAAGGCUGGAUCCUGUCUUACAUGGCCCCUCCCAGGUGCCGGCCGCGCUCCGCCCCGCCGUCCUCCCGCCUGCUCCUCGCUGUCCAUGGCGCGCCCCGCGCCCUGGUGGUGGUGGCUGCGGCCGCUGGCGGCGCUCGCCCUGGCGCUGGCGCUGGUCCGGGUGCCCUCAGCCCGGGCCGGGCAGAUGCCGCGCCCCGCAGAGCGCGGGCCCCCAGUACGGCUCUUCACCGAGGAGGAGCUAGCCCGCUACGGCGGCGAGGAGGAGGAUCAACCCAUCUACUUGGCAGUGAAGGGAGUGGUGUUCGAUGUCACCUCUGGGAAGGAGUUUUAUGGACGUGGAGCCCCCUACAAUGCCUUGGCCGGGAAGGACUCGAGCAGAGGUGUGGCCAAGAUGUCGCUGGAUCCUGCAGACCUCACUCAUGACAUUUCUGGUCUCACUGCCAAGGAGCUGGAAGCCCUCGAUGACAUCUUCAGCAAGGUGUACAAAGCCAAAUACCCCAUUGUUGGCUACACGGCCCGCAGGAUCCUCAACGAGGAUGGCAGCCCCAACCUGGACUUCAAGCCUGAAGAUCAGCCCCAUUUUGACAUAAAGGACGAGUUCUGAUGUCUAGCUGAGAAGCUGAUCCUAGGGAGAGGUGGGGGGACAGGAGUUAAAUGUCCCACGGAACAAGCGGGGGAAGCCUCUGAGUGCCCUGCAUCUGAAUAAAGCUGGUAUUUAACUGGGA